AUAAAAUCGAGCGAGCUCGCUCCCAAGUAAUCCCGUCGGAGCAACAUUGUUGGUGUAUUUCGCUUUUCCUGCUAGACAGAAGCGAUGUCGUCGCCGGAAAUCUCCGGAAUCUUGGACAUCUCCAAGGAGCUCGAUCAGUUAAGGAAAGAACAGGAGGAGGUGCUCUCGGAGAUCAACAAGAUACAUAAGAAGCUCGGAGCUCCUCCUGAAGUAAUUGAGAAGCUUGGUGAGACAUUGUUGAAGCUGAAAAGUUUAUAUAUUCAGGCUAAAGAUCUUUCAGAAAAGGAAGUAAAAGUCUCAACUGCUUUACUCAAUCAACUUGAUGCUUUGCUACCCUCUGGAACUCCAGGGCAGCAACGGAGAAAAUUAGAAGGAAAUGAUCAGAGAAGGAAAAGAAUGAAGAGUGAUUCAGAUAUCUCCAGGCUUUUGCCUUCUAUGCGAAAUCAUGUUGAGACUUGUGCUGGUCUAAAGGGUGAACAGGUUGCUGCGAGAAUCACAGCAGAGAAUGCUGAAAAGGAUGUGUGGAUUGUAGCGAAAGUUACACAUUUUGAUAGGGAAACCAAGGAAUUUGAUGUACUUGAUGAGGAGCCAGGUGAAGAUGAAGAGGGUAGUGGCCAAAGAAAGUACAAGCUGCCUAUGUCCUGUAUCAUACCUUUUCCCAAGCGAAACAAUCCUGCGGCCAUCACAGAAUUCGCGACUGGAAGACCUGUUUUGGCUGUUUAUCCAGGAACUACCGAACUUUAUAAGGCAACUGUCAUUAGUACACCUCGAAAGAACAAGUCAGAAGAGUAUGUAUUGGAAUUUGAUGAUGAUGAGGAGGAUGGAUCCUUGCCUCAGAGGGCUGUACCCUUCCACAAGGUGGUUGCCCUGCCAGAAGGGCAUCGGCAGUGAAAUCUGUUUAUACUUUAUAGAUGUGUAUAAAUCUUGAGUUGGUGUCAUGGAAUUAUGAACCUGAACCCAACAUGUACCAUAUACACUGCUUGUCUAUUUUUACGGUUCUCGUCCUGGUACCAACUUUCUGGUUACCACUUUUGAAUUCUUGAUGCAUAUUAUAAAAGAACCAGUAGCUUGAUGACUCCCACGUAUUUUAAGGAUGUAAUAAAAUGUUCCAAUAUCAUAUUUUCGGAGAAGGUGCAAUACAACGCAUU